UUAGCUCCUGGCCGCUAGAGGGCAGUAAUACCGCGAAUGAUCCAUAAAGACUCUGUUUGGACGGCCACUGUUUUAGUAGUAGAAUCUAGGAUGUCGGAAUACGCACCUACCCAGAAAGGCGCUUUAAAAUUAAAAGGAGUCCAGUUGCCAAGUAAAAAGAAAAAGAAGAAGGAUAAGGAAAGGAAGAAUUUGGAGCAGCAAAUGCUGGCCAGUCAAGCUGAAGAAGAGGGGUCUGAGAAUGGUUACGUUGAUAAAAGGACACCAGCUCAGAUGGCGUUUGACAAAGUACAGGAGAAAAGGCAAAUGGAGCGGAUUUUAAAGAAGGCCUCCAAGACACACAAGAGAAGAGUUGAGGAUUUUAACAGACACCUGGACGCAUUGACAGAGCAUUAUGACAUACCCAAAGUCAGCUGGACUAAAUAAAGGAUCUUCUUCGGCUUCUUUUUCAUCUGGGUGCUGGCAGAGUAACAUUAUCUUUUAUGAUGUUACGUUUAAUCACAAUCUGUUAUGCUUUUACUGUAUAUACUUUUUUGUUGAACUUGUAUAUUGUUGGUUGCCAGUGUCCAGCAGGAUUUGUAGAUUUGGGUCAUUCUACAACGUUACGUCUUUUUGUAAUUGAUUUCUUGAUACUUCAGAUAAUGCAAGACUGCAUCUUCAAAGUUAAGUUGUUUUCUUUCACAUUUUCAUGAUUGCUGAUUUGCAUAUCAACAUUCUCCCUUUACAGGAGAAUGGUGUUAUUGUUGUUCGGCUUUUUCACCAAUAAAUUUGGCUACUGUCGUCUAAAAUGUC